GCACUCAAAUAAUCCACAGCGACAGAACCUAAACGGCGCGCCGUAGAAAUGAGAAAAUGAAAAUGUCGUCAACAAAGGCAGUCCAUUUUAUCAUGCUCAAUAUCUUCACAUGGAUUUUACAUAUAUGUAUUCAUGGAGGAGUGUUUGCAUGUAAACUAACUCCAUUUAGGAGUAACGCUAACCACAAUGGAUUUCUUUGGAACUGUAGUCAUGAAAAUCUAGAUUAUAUUCCGGAUAUCCCUGCACAACACAGGCGGCACGUGGUAGCAGUGGAUUUAUCUCACAAUAAUUUUAAAAUGAUACGAGAGGAAACAUUUACAAACCUCACAGCUGACAUCCAAUUCUUGUUUUUAAAUAAGAAUGGCAUUGUCUCACUCGAAGCGAAUACCUUUAGAAGGAUUUCCGCAAUGUUACUGCUUGAUGUUUCAAGCUGUUUACUUGAAACCAAGUCCAUACAGUUAGGAGCUUUCAAUAACCUCACUCGUCUAGAAACUCUGUAUAUCAAUGAUAAUUCAUUUGAAUCAUAUCCAGCUGUCGAAAUAUCAAAACUCGAAUCGCUCGUAAACUUGACAAUUGAUAUCUUCCCUGGAUUCCAUUUCGAUGAUAAUUUCUUGAAUUUAAAGACUCUUGGUAGAAUACAUUUUGAUCCCCAAGGGUUAAUCACUCUGACCAAUAUUUCAUUUCAAGGUCUUCGUAAUUCGCCUAUACAUUAUUUAGACAUGAACUUUUAUAACCAGAUAGACAAUUUCUGCAAAGGUCUUCCCGAUGACGUGUUCUGUUCCUUCCCAUUCCUUAAGGGUUUGACCGUCUCUUUUGGUAUGAGCUGUGGUAUUAAACAUGUAUUGCGUACUUUGAAAUGCCUGCAAGACAAACAGUUGGAUUAUUUUCAUUCUUCCGAUAACCAUGAGCUGAACAAUAACAAUUACGUAAUCAUUAAUGAAUUUGAUGUGGAAUACCUUAGAAAUAUUUGCAUAAAGGAACUAAUUUUACGAAAUAAUGACAUACUAGGGGUUGAAUUUCAGCUUCCUUUGGGGAAGUUUCAAAGUUGCUUAGAAGUGGUAGAUUUGUCAUCAAACCAGAUUCAAUUCGCAUCGAACCAGCGGGUGUGGCUGGGUCUGAUAUUGUUUACACCAAACAUUCAAGUGAUUAAAAUAUGUUGUCAGAAUGCACGAUCCUCAGUCAGUAAAGCCUGGGGUCGCUCUUAUUCGGAUGAGUAUAAAAGACGCCGUGAAACAAAUUUCAAACGAUACACUCCAUUCAAAGUAAUCCUCCCCAAAACUCUGAACUAUUUUGAUAUUUCGAUUGCUAAUAGAUUUAGUACAAACCUGCCAAAUAUAUAUAUCCAUGCUAAAAAUUUACUAUUUUUGAAUAUCUCUGGGACAACGUUUGAUAUAUCAAAACCUUAUUAUAUAAGUUCCUAUGUAUACCUCGAUUUUCCGUUGUUAACUGAGAUGGACGCUUCGCACACUAAAACAAAUGUGGAUACUUUAUCAUUACAAAACUCGGUGUCUCUCAAGUCAUUAGCAGCCACGGACAGUGAUUUUAUACGAUCUACAGAUGGCGUCAGAAAAAGAAUAUUACAUGGCCUAAAAAGCUUGAAAUAUGUUGACCUAUCAGAUAACAGUAUUUCGAAUCUUCCACUCGAUUUCUUUGCAUCCCAGAAAGAUUUAAACAUGACAAUUAAUUUGGAUAAAAACAAUGUAGGCACAGAUACAAGUGUUCCGAAGGCUCUUAGCAUUGUGGACAAUAUCCAUCAACUUUAUUUGAGACAUUGUUACGAUACGUACAUGGAUCAUAAAAUUGCAUACGACUCUCUGCUGACUCUACGUGUGUCAACGCUUUACCUCGGAACAGACAUGCUUGGCUGUUAUUGCAAUUCAAAACAUGGGCUUAUGACACUAUGGAAAAUUAGAAGGAAAAUUGCAGAUUUGGAUGAAAUGAAUUGUGAAUUUUUAAGUGCAAAGCAUUGGAACCUCAAAGUCCUAUUUACAGUUCAAAAUUGGAGGAGUUAUCGAUUGAAUUGUAUAGUACAAGAGUUUUUGUUUGUAUUCUCUAUAUCGCUGUUGACAGUCACGCUUUCCUGUCUUAUUUGUGCUAUGACCAUUUAUAAGUUUAGCAUCAUUUCACGUUGCACGGCAUUCGAUUAUCGGGGGAAAUUUCAGGCCAUGCACAGAAGAGUCUGUGAGUUUUACAAUGAAAGGAGACGGCGAAAAGGUCAUAAAUACGAUCCUCUGGAUGCAGAAGAAAUCGACACGACACGCCAAAGAAAUGACGGUACAGCUAUGGCAAUCGCCUCUACAGAAAGCAAUGAUCAAACAAGGGAUACAAAUGAUACAUUCCAUCUUGAAGAACAAACACGAGAUAUAAAUGAUACGCUCCAUUCUGAAGAAACGGACUCUGAUAAAGUGUCUCACGAACCUGAAUCUGUACAAACAUAGACCCGAGAGAAUGUGUAUAAUUAGUUACCCUGGGACAGUUGAUAAUGUGUUGUAUGAUAUUGUGUGGUGGGUAAUGUUACCCUGGGACAGUUGAUAGUGUGUUGUAUGAUAUUGCAUGAUGGGUAAUGUUACCCUGGGACAGUUGAUAGUGUGUUGUAUGAUAUUGUGUGGUGGGUAAUGUUACCCUGGGACAGUUGAUAGUGUGUUGUAUGAUAUUGCAUGAUGGGUAAUGUUACCCUGGGACAGUUGAUAGUGUGUUGUAUGAUAUUGUGUGGUUGGUAAUGUUACCCUGGGACAGUUGAUAGUGUGUUGUAUGAUAUUGCAUGAUGGGCAAUGUUACCCUGGGACAGUUGAUAGUGUGUUGUAUGAUAUUGCAUGAUGGGUAAUGUUACCCUGGGACAGUUGAUAGUGUGUUGUAUGAUAUUGCAUGAUGGGUAAUGUUACCCUGGGACAGUUGAUAGUGUGUUGUAUGAUAUUGUGUGAUGGGUAAUGUUACCCUGGGACAGUUGAUAGUGUGUUGUAUGAUAUUGCAUGAUGGGUAAUGUUACCCUGGGACAGUUGAUAGUGUGUUGUAUGAUAUUGCAUGAUGGGUAAUGUUACCCUGGGACAGUUGAUAGUGUGUUGUAUGAUAUUGCAUGAUGGGUAAUGUUACCCUGGGACAGUUGGUAAUGUGUUGUAUGAUAUUGCAUGAUGGGUAAUGUUACCCUGGGACAGUUGAUAAUGUGUUGUAUGAUAUUGCAUGAUGGGUAAUGUUACCCUGGGACAGUUGAUAGUGUGUUCUAUGAUAUUGCAUGAUGGGUAAUGUUACCCUGGGACAGUUGAUAGUGUGUUGUAUGAUAUUGCAUGAUGGGUAAUGUUACCCUGGGACAGUUGAUAAUGUGUUGUAUGAUAUUGCAUGAUGGGUAAUGUUACCCUGGGACAGUUGAUAAUGUGUUGUAUGAUAUUGCAUGAUGGGUAAUGUUACCCUGGGACAGUUGAUAAUGUGUUGUAUGAUAUUGCAUGAUGGGUAAUGUUACCCUGGGACAGUUGAUAAUGUGUUGUAUGAUAUUGCAUGAUGGGUAAUGUUACCCUGGGACAGUUGAUAGUGUGUUGCAUGAUAUUGCAUGAUGGGUAAUGUUACCCUGGGACAGUUGAUAAUGUGUUGUAUGAUAUUGCAUGAUGGGUAAUGUUACCCUGGGACAGUUGAUAGUGUGUUGCAUGAUAUUGCAUGAUGGGUAAUGUUACCCUGGGACAGUUGAUAAUGUGUUGUAUGAUAUUGCAUGAUGGGUAAUGUUACCCUGGGACAGUUGAUAGUGUGUUGCAUGAUAUUGUGUGGUGGGUAAUGUUACCCUGGGACAGUUGAUAGUGUGUUGCAUGAUAUUGCAUGAUGGGUAAUGUUACCCUGGGACAGUUGAUAAUGUGUUGUAUGAUAUUGCAUGAUGGGUAAUGUUACCCUGGGACAGUUGAUAAUGUGUUGUAUGAUAUUGCAUGAUGGGUAAUGUUACCCUGGGACAGUUGAUAAUGUGUUGUAUGAUAUUGCAUGAUGGGUAAUGUUACCCUGGGACAGUUGAUAGUGUGUUGCAUGAUAUUGUGUGGUGGGUAAUGUUGCCCUGAGACAGUUGAUAGUGUGUUGUAUGAUAUUGUGUGAUGGGUAAUGUUACCCUGGGACAGCUGAUAAUGUGUUGCAUGCUAUUGUGUGAUGGGUAAUGUUACCUGAUAAUGUGUUGUAUGCCAUUGCAUGAUGGGUAAUGUUACCUAUUUCGGAACAGCUGAUAAUGUGUUGUAUGCUAUUACAUGAUGGGUACCCGGUAAUGUAACCCUUUUAAGGACAGUUGAUAAUGUCUUGUAUGCUAUUGUAUGAUGUGUAAUGUUACCUAUUUAGCAACAGCUGAUGUGUUUUAUGCUGUCUACUGAUAUCAUUUUUAAGGAUUACAAUAUAUACAUAUUAUAAUUGAUUGUGUUCUUUAAGUAAUUUACUACAAUUGGACAGUCGUGUGUUGAGAGAAGUCAUCUGAUUCCGGUUACUCAUCCAAAACAAUAAGAAACAGGAUUAUUGUAAAGAGGAAUUUAAUGUUUUGCUUGGAGGUCAGUGACAUGUAUAUUUCAAUUGAAAUAUCUGUUGGCAUAUGUACUUAAACAUCGCCAAGUAUUAGCAUAUAUACAGUGUGUAUGUAUAUAUAUAUAUAUAUAUGUGUGUGUGUGUGUGUGGCAAUAUCAUAGACAUUUUAGCGUAGAAUGGCCUGUUUAUCUUCAAAUUGUGGGUUUUUUUUAUGCCCCCCUUCAAAGAAGAGGGGCAUAUUGGUUUGCACCUGUCGGUCGGUUGGUAAACCACAUGUUGUCCGCUCAAUAUCUUGAGAACCAUUCACUUGAUCGUAAUGGUAUUUCAUAUGUGGAUUGGUUAUGAAAAGAAGAGGACCCCUAUUGUUUUUCAGGUCUAAAGGUCAAGGGUCAACCUACUCUGGACAUAGGAAUAUACUGUCCGCUCAAUAUCUUGAGAACCCUUUGCUUGACAGACAUCAAACGUGGUACACUGGUACAUCGUCAGGAGUAGAUGACCCCUAUUGAUUUUGAGGUCACCUGGUCAAAGGUCAAGGGUCAAACUGGAGAUAGGAAUAUAUUGACCACUCAAUGUCUCGAGAAACCUUUGCUUGACAGACAUCAAACUUGGUACACUGGUAUAUUUUUAGAAGAAGAUGACCCCUAUUGAUUUUGAUGUCACAUGGUCAAAGGUCAAGGGUCAAACUGGGCAUAGGAAUAUACUGUCUGUUCAAUAUCCUGAGAACCCUUUGCUUGACAGACAUCAAACUUGGUACACUGGUACAUCAUCAGGAGAAGAUGACACCUAUUGCUUUUGAGGUCAUGUAGUCAAAGAUCAAGGGUCAAACUGGACAUAGGAAUAUACUGAUUGCUCAAUAUCUUGAGAACCCUUUGCUUGACAGACAUCAAACUUGGUACACUGGUAUAUCUUCAGGAGAAGAGGACUCCUAUUGAUUUUCAGAUCACAUGGUCACGGGUCAAACUGGACAUUGGAAUAUACUGUCUGCUCAAUAUCUUGAGAACUCUUUGCUUGACAGACAUUAAACUUGGUACACUGGUACAUCAUCAGGAGAAGAUGACACCUAUUGAUUUUGGGGUUGCGUGGUCAAGGGUCAACUGGACAUAGGUAUAUACUGUCCACUCAAUAUCUUGAGAACCCUUUGCUUGACAGACAUCAAACUUGGUACACUGGUACAUCUUCAGGAGAAGAUGACUCCUAGUGAUAGUCAAAGGUCAAGGGUCAAACUGGACAUAGGAAUAUACUGUCUGCUCAAUAUCUUGAGAACCCUUUGCUUGACAGACAUCAAACUUGGUACACUGGUACAUCUUCAGGAGUUGAUGACCCCUAUUGAUUGUUAGGUCACAUGGUCAAUCCACUCUUAACAUAGGAAGAUAUUGUCUGCUCAGUAUUUUGAAUUGAUGAUACUACUCUCAAUUAAAUGAUGUGUGUGUAUAACCCUUUUCAAUUUUGCACCAUGGGUGGCAUAUGUAUUUUACAAACAUCUCUUGUUUUUUACAUUUAUACAAUCCAUAACAUUAAUGAAUUUUAUAUCAUUGACAUAUAUACGGCGAGAAAUGCUUUGCUUUAUUUUUAAAAUGAGCAGUAUAAUAUUGAUGUUUUAAUUUCCUUGUACAUUUAUGUAUUGAGCCAGACAAAUGACAGAACAUACAGAAAUUGUUUCGUGAUUUUAUGAUUGAAUAAACUUAAUGAAAGUUUUCAUCAGUGAUUAGAUUGAUUUAUUGUUGCUUUUUUACGCCUCGUCGAUAAUUCUUCACUCAAAUUGAGACCUCAUCAUAGAAAAGGUGUUAAACGCCUCGUUACUCGUAUUUCCCUAAAGGCGUUGCAUGAAAGAUCGAUAAAAUUAAGUUAUUCAAAUCAAUUGGAACUUGUGUAUUGAUUCAAACAUUUUUAAAAUAAGUUUUAAAGACGUGUGUUGGCAAAAUUAUUCAAAAUAAUUUGAGAUUUUAAAUCAGGCCAUAAACGAAUUAUAUGAUUUUAGCGAUCAAAUGGAGGGACCUAGAAAAACUGCCUUCUUGAAACAAAAUGAAUUUAGCAUAGAUAUGUUCUUCGAGUUUUCCACUAAAAACGGUCGCUUUGAAAUUCUGUUUUAUGAAGGCACUUUUUUGUAAAUUUAAAAACAAAUCGAAAAGAUUUCACCGGUAUGUUAAUUUUCAGUAGAAAUGUAUGGUCUACUGCGUGGUUCAGUGGGUAAGGUCGUCCACUUUUAUAUGUAAACUUUAAGAUCUUUUCAUUUUUAAAACGACCGGGUUCGAAUCCCUCAUGAACAUAAUAUAUAUUUCUUUUCAUAUUACGUUUUCCAUCUAGAUGUUUUUCUUAAUUGAAACACACUUGUAGUUUUUUGUAAAUGGUUCAUGUCCAAUCUCUGUUUAUUACAAUGUGCCGAGUUUGAGUUGUAACCUGGACACUGUUUAGUUUGUGAAUGAGACUCCCAACAAACACACAAAAUACAGCAUGCAAUACGUGUGUUUUAAUAGUCAAGACUGCAAACAAGAUUGUGAGAACUUGUAUGUUUUUCCGAGUUAAAUGCGUUGACAAAGGUAUCGUGCAUGUUACGGAAAACCGUUGUGAACUUUGCAAAGCUUUAAAGGAAAAAGGCCGAACAAAGUAAAUUACCGUUAAACCGUUUGAAUGGAUAAGAUAAUAUGUAUUUCAGUAGCAAAUUGUUAUGGUAAAUUAAUGUUUUCAGGUGCAUGUACUUCGAGUUUUGUUGAACUUUAUUAAUGCGUAUUAAACUUCCCAUAUUUUGUUUUGUGGUCAGAGUUAUGUACAGAUAAUUGUAGAAAAUAAUACACACGGGUAUUAUAGCUUUAGACUGUAGUAGUAUAAAAUAUUAAAUAUUUAAUACCCCGUGACCCUAUGCAUUGUGUCUGAUACUCAGAAAAAAGACAAUUUAAUAGAUAAAUACGUACAUACAUGUACAAGAAAUGAAUGAAUGACCUUGGAUCCACCCCACAAUUGAAUAUGGGUCUGCGCAGCGGUUUGACAUCCUAUCAAGAUCAGAUUAAAUUUAUAGUGUAAACGUGAUCAUGUACGUGCGCAUGUGAUAAACAAGAGUAUUUCAUUCCUUUCUAACCCUCUUCAUCUGUGAGAGCCUUUGGAAAUGGAUGUGUGAGCAAUUGGUAGAUAAAUUACCAUGUGCCCCCUAGUCAGGUGAGUUUGUAAUGACAUGUUAAAACCCUGACUGUUAUUGAGUGAGUAAAUGUUGUGUAAUUUCAAUAAGAACAAAAUUGCUCAACAAUGACGUUCUGCAGCCUCUGUUGGCACCAUUGAUACAACAGUACACACAAGUUUCAGCAGGACCAUGCGCGCGCAUACUUUGAGAAUGACACAAGAUGUUCUUUAAAGGAAUUGCAUCAAUGUCCUUGAUUGUCCCGCCAUGCGCCCAUAGUUUAAUCCGAUUCACCAGGUUUGGGACGAGCUUGGUAGACAUGUGCAGCUGCUGGUCUCAGCAUCCACAAGAACUGGGAAGCGUGAUUUAGUCUGGCCUCCCUUCCCACAUUUCCGUUCGUGCACUUUCUACAUCUCUCAAUGUAGAGAGUGCGUGAACGGAACUGUGGGAAGGGAGGCCAGACUAGAGCGCUGUUAGAGGAAUGACUGGAUAUUCUCCAAGGAGCCAUCCGGACCAUUCGUCAGUCAAAGGAACGUCGACUACGCGCCGUUAUAAACGCUAAUAGUGGAAUAGGUACCAUGUACUAGUGAACCAAACCGGAACUUUGCCCAAUACUACCGCCUUUGACUUCAUUUUUAGCCUCUCAGAGAAUAGCAAUAAUGUUUUAAAUUAAUGGAUAUAAGACUUUAUUUAUCAAAGAUUAUAUACCAGAAAUAUGAUAUGUUUCAAAUUAAUGUAUUAAAAACAUAAGACAAAACAUUACCCAGCGUUGUGUUUUUUAAAGUCUCUCAUUAUAUGUUCAUUGUGUCUACAGUGCGGCAAGAAUCAUUUAAAAUUAUUAUGAAAAUUAUUAUGUGGGACUUUAACCAUACAUAUAAAUGUAGUAAUGAAACACAAAGCAGACUGAUUCUACAAAGAGAGGGGGGAGUCUGUUUACUAUUAUGUUAAUGAAAAUCACUGUAGACAGGAUAAAAAGACCUCAUAUUUAAUUAAAAUACAAGUAACUCUGUUCAUCACCAUAUAUCUUCUCAAUUUUCAUAUUUUUACGUGCAUUUAUACUACAAAAGUUUGUGGUAAACAUGUCAAUGUUUUAAAUGAAUAUCUUUAUAUCAGAGUUAUCUUUCUUGUAUCUGUACGGAGUCGGUCUGACUCUACCUACGCUUCAUCUGUUUAUGUUCAUUGACUACAUGUUUUACCAAAGCUCGGGCUUAAAUGACUUUCAUCGCAAUCAUAGAUUGGUUUAGCGUUCUAUACUCGAGUUCACGUAAUAAUAGCAUUACUUUUCCAUAGUUUAGAAGUUCCAAUCAGAAGGAAUAUUAAAUAGCCGUUUUGUUGAGCUCCAUUGUCGGGAGAUUUAAAUAUUGAUUUACUCAGUAAAUACACAUGAAAAUUCAUUGUUCACUAGGGAGGAAUUAAAUGCUUCUUUUAAUCGUGCUAGGUACCCGAACCAAGGGAAGUGUUGGGAUAGAAUUAUUCAUAAAACGUUAUUAUUGAAAUUGGUUUUGGACAUAUACAAGCCGUCCCUGUAAUGCAUGAAUAGUAGGCGGAGUCGCCAAGGUUUGUUUACAUUAACGACGAUUCAAAGAUCAAAACGGAAAAUUUCUAUGUCAUUAUGUUACAUUAGUAUACAAUAUAUGUGUUCAUUUUCCGAUUAUGUAGCAAUGUUGAAUUCCAGGGAGAAUUGUGUGUCUGUGAAAGAGAAUCGACCAGAUGAGUUAUCGCCUGAACGCUGAGAGAGACCCUACGAGCUGCUGAGUGAAAAUUUUGAAAAUAAUCUAUAUUCGAUGGAUCUUGUUAUAUCACACCCCGCCAUUGUAGAUAAAGGAAUUAGGAACAUUUAUAGCGGACUACAUUCACAUCAUAUCGUCGGGUCGAGAUCAUGUGACACUGGGGUGAAAUUAUACAAAGAAGAUUUCAACCAUGUUCAUGCAAUGGAAAAAUUCAGACGAAGUCAGCUGGAAUAUAUCCCAAAAUUCAAAACGUGUCUACCGAAAGCUCCGGCCUAUACGACUGUCAACAACAGAAAAGUGAAAAAAAUUGUUGAACGUUUGUAUUCUGCCGGCAGACGACCGCAGACGUGUGUUCCACAGAAUGCAGAACCGCCAUAUGUGCGACCUGGAAGUUUUUCAAGAUCACAAACACCGACACCAAAUGAACACAAAAAACACGUGCUCUCUGCUCAUCCUCGAGCUCUCAUUAUUUUUCCUAGUGCGCAUGUUCGUAAAAAAGAAUCUAGAGGUUGUGUUAAGACUGCAAAAACAACUUCGAGUGUUUCAGACGAAAAAACUCUUAAAAGUGAAUGUUCGACAAGUUGUAAAUCAGAAUUAAAUUUAGACUUGUCAAAACUGAAAACAAGGAAAAAACGACGUUUCAAAAGCAGUCCAAAAAGUGAGGGUCAUCCCACCGCCCUAUCAGAAAUUAGCAUGAUCAGUAAUUGUUAUUCCGAAAAGGGCCAGACCCACUAUAAACCCAGCCGACACAGUCUCUUCGAAAUGAUCCAGGAUCUUUAUCUUGAUGAAGAUAUUGAUUGAAGCCAAAGUUCUGUUGAUUAUAUUAAGUGCCAUAUUUAUGAAAUACCAAAAGAUCAAAUCAUGAGUGUACCAUAAAUCAGCUGGAGCAGCAGUGAAUGUGCGUAAAUAUGAUUCAUACAGUAGCGGUUUCGUCCCAAAAAGGCAAGACAAUGAUACAUGACGCUUGUCACUAUGUCGCUUUGCAGACAGAUUAAUAUACAAAUAAUUUUGUCGUUCGUUGUAACUGGUACUUGGAGAAAGUUUACGUGAGGAAUUCGAAACAGCGGAUUACAUUGGAUUUUAUAAUUCCUCUAAUUGAUUUAUUGAUACUGUGGGUCACUACGCGAUAUUAGUACUUAGUGUAUUAGAUGUACAUUACAUUUGCAGUAAUGAAACAAUUCUACCAAAUUUA